AUGAAUUCAGCUGUUGCAGGCGUACUGAAUAAAGUCUUAGGUGACUACGUUGAAAACCUUAAUGCUGAACAGCUAAAUUUGUCUGUUUUCAGCGGAGAAAUCAAGCUUCAACAAUUAAAGCUUAAAACAGAUAUCCUCAAAGUUUUAGGUCUCCCAUUUGACCUGAAGCACGGGCAAAUCGGAAAUUUAUCAGUCAGAAUCCCAUGGACAAGCAUCGGAUCAAGUCCACUUAAGAUCGAAAUAAGCGAAAUUUAUAUGCUGGUCGGACCUAAGCCUCCUUCUGCAUGAAAUGAAGAAGAAGAGAAGAAAAAUAAAAUUAGUUUAUUCUAUAUAACCUAAUUUACUAUUAUAUUUGCCUUAUUUUUAUAAUUAAUGAUAUUUAUUAAAAAAGUAUAAAAGCAAGUAUCCCUUGAUAAUUUUGAAACAAUUUAUUCCUCUGAAGCCGCAGUCAAUGUAGAGCCAGGCUUUGUAGAGAAACUUGUGACAAAAAUAGUAGACAAUUUACAAGUUAGCAUAAAUUCGAUUUAUAUUAGGUAUGAAGAUGAUGUGUCAAGCACUGAUGCUUUUGCGUUUGGAAUUGCAAUUAAAAAUGUGCAAGCUGUUACUUGUAAUAAGAAUUGGCAAAUUGAGUAUAUUUCAGAUGCAGCGAUUACUUAUAAACUUGUGUUAUUGGAUGAUAUCAGAGUUUUUAUGGAUUAUGGGGAAAAUUUUGUAAUAAAAUCAGACAGUUUUGAUGAAUUUUUAAAUUUAUGCUAAAUUAGAUUAAAAGAAGUCAUUAUUGAAAAGGAUGUUAUACAGUUUACACAAAAAAAAAUAAAAAAAAAUACCUAGUUUAAAUUAAUCAAUUAUAAUAUAGCAUAUAAAGAGAAAACGCCACAGCUCAAUCAUAGAUUUUUACUCAAGCCAACGAGCUAUAGGCUAGAGCUUAUCAUGAAUAAAAAUUCCAAAGAUUUAUCACUCCCACAAGCUUUUGCAAGCUUAAAAAACGUAGAAGUAGAUAUGGGCAUCGAAACUAACCAAAUAACUCAUAUGCUAAAAAUAUUAGAAUUCAUGGCUUUAUACGCAAACUUUCAGAGCGGAGUUUCGAACUCAGAAGUUGAAAGUGAGUUUUCUCCUGAAGAAGCCUCAAUAUAUAGAGAGCUUUAUAAAAAAUGAAGAAUUUUAACUCCCUGUUGCAUUUCAGCUAUUUUUUUAAAAAAUUAAAUUUUUUUAUUAGGUUUGCUUACUUAAAGAGGGUAAGCAAAGGCAAAGAUUUAGAAAAAAUAAAGAGCUUAAAAGCAAAGCUGGAACUUCAUGAAAAUGGAAAAAUACUGCAAUCAAUUAUUACUCAAAGGACCAAUGUGAAUACAGAAUUAGAAUUGCUGAGAAAAGAAGAAGCAGUUAGAAAUGAAAUUUCAUCGAUUGAAAAUGCGAGUCAAGGAGGAGCUUUUUCUUCUAUAUCGGGGUAUUUUUGGGGAAAAAAGGAGUCUGCAAAGAAAAAAGAGGAAGAAGAAAAAAAAGAAAAAUUAUUCUAAUAAAUAUAAAUAUGGGUUCAGACCUUAUUUGAUUAUUUUAAAAUCAUAAUUUUGUUUAAUUUAUAUGAUAAGGAAUAAAAAUUGUAAACGAAAAACUACUGGAAAUUUUAAAAGAAAAAGAAAAUUUUGCUAGCUCAACCUUUGAUUAGCGAGAUGGAGAGAGUUUUAAAAUUCUAUAUAAAUAAUUAGAAAAUCCUCUCCUAAAUUUUAAUAUAGAUUUAAAUAUUAUAAUUAUUAGUGUGGUUACUCAAAGAAUUGUAUAUUAAAAAAUCACUAAUUAGUGAAUAGUCCCAAAAUAGGUAUUUUUCUAAUAGGCUUGCUCGCUAAUCAAUUGAGGGAAUAAGCAAAUUGACAACUUCAUAUCAGACACUCAAGUAUUCGCCAAUUUGCCGUCAACUUAUGUCAGAUUUAAAGUCGAAUUUUCAGUAUCUAACACGAUUAUUUCACUAAAAAAUACAGAAAAAGACCUAUUAAUUUACUCUGUAAGAGAUUUUAAAAUAGAAUUUGGCAUGAGACCAGAAACUAUAUAUGCAAAAAUAGAUAUCGGAAAUGGAGAACUAGAAGACAAAGUCAUAAACAGCCUAGUUUUCCCAAACAUUUUAGUAACUGAAUUUCUUCAUCUUGAAUACGAUCAGCUGCCUUCUCCAAAAUUAUCAAUAAAAUCAGGAGCUUUUAAUGUCGCUACCAAUUUAGAAUCUUUAUUAAUCGUUUCAUAUACAUAAAAUGGCGUAUGGCGACCGACCCACCCUCUCAGUGGUGGUUACCCAUGUAUAUCCGGGCAUGGUUUUUGGAGCCAGGAAUUAGCCCAACAACGUCUGGGACCUCGAAGCGAGAGGCCUAAGCGCGAGAGCCGCUGUUUUUGCGACCAGACCCAUGGGCAGUUAUUCGUGACUUCUUUUUGCCAGAAGCGCUCAGCCCAGUGAGUGCCCGAAAUGAGGCAGGGUGAAUUACCUGCCUAAGCUGCUUUAGUGGCUCGCCCCGAAUGGCGAAAGCUGUUGAGUUCUUUCUCGGGAUGACCGGAAAAGAGGGGAGGCGAGUUAGACACCAAAACGGGGGUCUCUCCAGUUGAAAAGGUGCCCUUCAAUGGGCAGAUCUGGCGGACGACGAAGCGGAGUUGGCGUAAACUUAGGCGACGAUCCAAGUUGGAAAUGGAGGUGGUCAGCAAAGCCGGUAUGAGACGGCCCUUGACAAUACCUCUACCGAGAAACCGGGGGUUUCGGCCCGGGCUUGGUGAACGCUCUGCCACCACACGGGAAACCGUGGCAUGCGACCUCGGACGUAGUAGGGACCUUAAAUACCCAGCGUAAUCUUAAUCUUAAUCUUAUUAAUCGUUUCCAAUAUCUUUUCUGCAGCCAUUGCACAGGAAAUCGACAUAUCUAAGUACGUAGAAGCCGCAAGCACAAAAACAAGCGAGUAUAUAAAAAUUGGUGAACAAUAUGUAAAAGAUCUAGCUAAAACAGGUUCCCAAGCGAGUAUUGAACUAAAUCUGGAUAUGAAAGCUCCUGUUAUAUUUAUCCCAAUGAAUAUUCAUAGCCUCGAAGAAGGAAUGCUUGUUCUAGACGGCGGACAUUUAUAUGGAAAAACAUCUAUUGAAACAUUAUCGAACUUCUCCUUUGACAAAUAUAUUUUUAAUUUGGUAAACACAAAAAUUGGCUUAAUGAUUUUUUUUUCAGAAACAUUAUUGGUGGAAUGAUUUUUUUCCUUGUAAAAACCUUCCUUACUAGUAAAUGUCCCAAGAGAAAAAAUUCAAAAAUAUUAGAGUGAAUAUAUAAAAGGUAAAAACUCCAAUAAACAAAAAUCUGUAUUGUAUGAAAUUGUCCUUCAGCUGACAACUGGAAAUCAGGGAAUCUACAAGACUUUUUAUCUCCUGUUGACUAUAAAUUCACAGCUUUAAAUUGCAAAGUUGAGCAGCAUUUAAUCCCAGCCUUUGUAUUUUCUACUGAAAUAGGAAAACUAAACUUUGAUUUAGAUGAGUCAAUUUUAUUUUUUACUUGAAAAUUACAGGAAGAAAUUUUCAGGAUUUUAGAUCAAAAUAAACCUGCUGAAGUACCUAUGCAGAAACCGAGAGGGGAUAGCUUGGUUAUUGAGACAGAAGCGCUGAAAGAUAGGAUGAAAAGAAUAAAAGAUAUAGUGGCAAUGAAAAUGAUGGUAAAUUUUAAUGAAAUUUCAUUAAGAUUGAGGAAGCAGAAAAGCCAAUUAGCUGCUAUUAAACUUUUUAGGCAUAAAUCUAGCUUAUUAAUAUAAGAAUUUUUAUGAGAAUAUUUAUAUAAAGAGACUAUAAAUUUUUUAUGAAAUUUAUCUGGACUUGGGCUUAGGCUCCCUUGGAGAAGUACUAGGAAAACUCAAAUUAAAAAAAAUCGAAAUGGAAGAUUUACGAGAAAAAGUCCAAUUAAGAAAAGUCAUUUGCAACCCAGCCCUUUAUGACGAUGACAAAGGUGAAGACGAAUUUAUGGACGCAGUAGAAGAAAUAAAUCAGCUUGUCAUAGAUUUCCAAUUCAGGCCUAAACUUGAUACUCUACAUGUUGAUCUAAUUCUGUCUGAGAUGAGAAUUAUGCCUUCCCCAGACCUAUUUUCACAAGUUGUAAAUUUCUUUACUAAGCCUAUUGCAAAGGCUUCAUUUGCAACUAAAUCUUUUCAAUUAGAAACAGUCCCUCCUGUAGCUCAUUCAAAAUAUAAAACUGUUUUUAUUACCAAAAUGUCCUUAGAACUGUCUGGAAUUGAAGUGUGGCUCCCAAUGGACGUGCUUAAUAGUAGAAAAAGGAUUGGGUGCUUUAAAUUUGGGGUAUUUUUGAACUAUGAUUCGACUCAAGAAUAUACGAGCUCAUUUGAUAAAUGAAUCAGAGAAAUAGAAAGGGAGUAAUCCAUAAUAAAUUAAAUUAUUGAUCAUUUUUAAAUACUAGGCAUAAUUAUUUUCAUUAGGUUUACCAUUCAAUCAAUGAUGAAGCUUCUAUUGAAAUCACUCAUAUAGGCGGCCUCAUAGGUUUAGCUCACAAAAAUCGCAUCCUUCGUACAGAAGAAAGAACCCAAGAUAUUUUACGGCCAAGCCGCAUCUCAAUCACCUAUAACUGCUUGAAUAGAGGAAACCAAGAAACCUAUACAAAAAUCCAAGUCAACCUAGAAAGCCUUUGCUUUGAUAUUGGCUUUCGAGAUUUACAGUUCCUCAAGACACUUUCUGGAAUAUGGAUGCAGUUUAGUUUAUAUGAUAAUGAGUAUUAUGAGCAGCCACCACAAGUGCCUAAUGCUAAUACGAAAACUGAAAUUACAGCUGAGUGUGACGCUUUGCAAGUAAAUCUGCUAGAAGACACAGGAAUUAAGGCUUAUUCAUUAAUACAUCUUCACUUCAGUAAUUUCACUGUAAAAGCAAUAAUGGACAGUACAAAAACAGAAGCCGCCUUAUCUACGUUUCUUCUUGCAGACUGCUAUAAUAUAUAUCUAGCUGCAUGGGAGCCUUUAAUAGAAGACUGGAAUUUUGAUUUGACUGCAAACCAGCCUGCAGGGUCACUUAUGAUUAUUAAUUUUGAAGCGCCCAGGAUUUUUAAUAUCAAUUUGACACUUACUCCCCCCCCCUUUUAAAUCGAAACAAAAAAUUUUGUUUCAAUUUAAAGGGGGGUUAAGAAAAUUUUUUUAUAAAAAAAUUUAUAUAUAAAAAAAUUUUUUCAGAGAUAAAAUUUUAUAGAAAAUAAAUUAUAUAAUUUUAAAGAAUUUCAUGAAAAAUUAAUUCAUAAAUUUCUCAAUCUAAAAGUGUAAACUUGCUGAAAUGGUAUUCUUCUAACUCUCCCCAUAACAAUUGGACAAAAUAGAGUUUAAUUUCUAAAUCUUAUAUGUUUGAAGCAUAUUAAAUAGGGUAUUAACGUAUUUACAUAUAAAAUAAUGAUUUUUACCUAUAAAAUUUUCUAUUAUAAUAAAAUUUUGUUUCAAUUUAAAGGGGGGGGUAAUUUCCCAAAAAAGUAGGAAUUUUUACCUAUAUUUUGUUUCAAUUUAAAGGGGGGGGAGUUAGUAAUAUAGAAAUUAUUGGAACUCUUAUGACGAAAUUAGGCCAAGACAGCUCUUUUUGGAAUGAAGAAGUGAUUAGCAAUUAUAUUCCUGAUGAUAAUGAAGUUUUAGCUCAUGGCAAUUUUUUGUAUGUUUUAAAUAAUCAAUUAUAGUGUGGGCUUUAUUUUGACCCUAUAAAAGAUAUUCCGCAAAGCAAAAUUGUUAUAAUCAUGGUAAAUUGCUCAUUAAAAUGGACUUAAAUUUCCCAAUUUUUUUCUUUGACUCUCUAGGUGCCAUUUUCUUUUUGGAUUAUAUUAAGGAAUUUAUAAGAGCCCUCAUGCUAUAGAUGUCACUAUUGAUGUAUGACUUGAUAUAACUGAUGCUGAAAUAUGAACUUUAGAACCAAACCAAACUUUUACGUUUACUCAACAAGUAGUAGAUAAACUGCAAGCAAGCAUAAAGCCUGAAGGGAAUAAACAUGGACUUAUGGAGGAAAUCAAAACGCCUUCUGCCAUUGUGAUUAAAGCAGAAGAAUAUGAGCCUAGCAAAGGAAUUUUUAUUGAAAGUAUUGGAGUAAGAGGGUUCAAGCUGAAGAGCGGCAUUAAACAAGUAGCUUGUGUACUAGAUAUUUCAGCAGAAAACAAUGAAAAAAUUAUAAAAAUACAGACAGCAAAACUCUGUGUAAAUAUGACAAAUUCUGUAGUUAAUAUGGAAUAUUUAGGAAAUUUGGUGUCAGUUUACCCAAACUCUGCAUUUCCAUUACCAUUAAAAUGGGUUGAAAAUCCAGAAAUUUCUCCAUAUAUCGCUGGCAUUGAGAAGAAAAUUGAGCUGUAUCAAGAAGGAACUGUACAAAUAGAAGAAAACAGCUGAAUUGUGACAGAAAUUGAUAAAUAUAAAACGUCUACUUCUGUCACUCAAAUGAUUGUAGCCUUUAAACCUCCUUUUAUAUACCAAAACCUCCUACCUUGCUCUUUGUCAAUAUUUUACAAUAAAAGUGAAGUCCCUCUAUGCAGCUUGUCCCCAGGCGCUUCUGAAGCUAGCUUGUCAAUAGACCCUACCAAUGACAGACAGCUCUAUAGAUUUGAGCUGCAAAUUGAAAAUGAAUAUAUUUUAGAUACAGACUGGAAAACCCUUAAAGGAGGUGCCAAAUGUCUUUUAGAGCUCACUGGAAACUUCCCUGGCAAUAAGCUUACAAUAGAAACAAGCAAAUACAAUACCAUGAAUUCGCAAAUAAUUGACCUCUCCCAGCGCAAAAAGGCUAAAAAAAUAUAGAAGUUUCCUAUGUUUGGCGCUGUGAGGCCGAUAAAUUCUGAUCGGAAUUUAUCGGUAGGUUGCACCAAAUCAAUGCCUUGGUCGGACCAAAAAGCGAUUUGGUCCGACGAACUUGGAAAGCUCCUGGGAAAAUGUCUGCGCUUUUAGCGCUAUAUAGAGGAAACCUCUAUAUAUCUAUUUGCAAUAAAUAUAAACUUAGCCUUCUACCCAGCAUAGCCAGUAGGAAUAUUCAUUAUAAAUAGGUAUAUCAUCUGACAGUCAAAGGGCCGAAAGCAAAAUCCUUGAAAUUUACUGUAAAUAUUAUCUGGUCAAUAAAAGUGACUGGAGCUUUGAGUGCAAUAAAGGAUCAAUGAAAAUAAAUGAGCAUAGUAUUGGGUUUUUAAGCAGCAGAAAAAACAUUAAAAUUAGGACUGUCGGAAAAGAAUAUGGGGAGCCUAGCUUGUGGUCUGAAAGCUUCAAUGUCUCAACUACAGGGAUUUCAGGGUGUAUUGAGCUGAAUAAUACAGAUGCGCAGAAAAAAUCUCAUGAAGUGCCCAGCCAUUUAUUGUUUGGGAUAUAUACAUUUGAAGCUCCUCCACCUCUGACUAAAAGUAAAAUAGUCCAUAUAAUGCCAAGAUAUGUGAUUCAUAAUGAGCUUGGGUACUCUAUUUAUAUUAGACAAUUAUUAAAAAACCAUGAGCCAGGGAAAACAAUAAAAGAAGUUUUUGAUGGGAGUAACCUUCAAUAUCAGCUUGACUCGAAAUCGACUAGUUUAAUCCAAAUCUCAAGGGACAAUAAUAACUGGUCCUCCCCUUUUAGUAUCCAAGAUAUCGAAGAUUUUCAGGUGAAAUUUUCAGCGCGAGAAGAAGAAAAAAGUGAUACACAAGGUGAAUGGUAUAGGCCACAGUACGUGAAUGGCUAUAUGCAUUAUGCAAGAAUUAUUAUAAGCACUGAAGAUGAAGCUUGUAUUCAUAUUUCUUUCCUUACCCCAAAAGACCCAGAGUUCCGAAUUUUAAAUUUAACGCAAUUUGAGAUUACUGCAAACCAAGUCAAUUAUCCAGCUCUUGCGAUACCUCCAUUAACGUCAAUUCCUUGGGCUUUUGAUAACUUGUUAGAUAAUAGGAAAAUUGAGCUCACAGGGGCAGAAAAGAAAACCUAUGAGAUAUACCCUAUUGGCCUAUAUAUAAAUUUAUAUUAGAAGUUAAACACAAACAAAUAUUUAUAUACGAAAAGGGAUAUAUACAUAUUUAGAGUAAAUUUAUAUGAUUUUUCCAUUAAAUUCAAAAAUGGAAUAACUAAUAUGAAAAGAAUAGAAAAAAUUGGAAAAGCUAAAAAGCUAGGAAGAAAUAGUGUUUCUGUAAAUGUUGUAGGAGUAACUCGUGAAAUGAGGAUCAUUCCUAUAGGCGACAAAUAUGAACGACUAAAAACAACUAAACUUAAAAAGAAGCAAGGCUAUAAGUUUUUAGCUUCUAUGGCUGGAGUUGGCCUAUCCCUAAUAGACCGAACUCCAACUGAGCUUUUUUAUUUCAGUUUCCAAUACAUAACCUUAAAAUUCACAAGCAAGCAGGAAACCAUUAAAAAAGAGCUCAGAGACCACAUGAAAAUUGAUUUCAAGCUAAAAGCUCUUCAAAUCGACAACAUGGUUUCUCAUAACCGUUUAUUCCCUAUUUUAUUUUCUCCAACAGCCACAAAAGAUGAUGAUUAGAUUAGAUUAGAUUAAUUAGUUUGAGCGGGUCACGGAGGUUUAUUUCAGCCUCUACCCAGCGCUGCCAGUUUCAGGCUUGCGCCCUAUGCACCGGCUCUGUUGCUCACUCCAUUUUCUGUCGACGUCACCAAAAAAAUGGUGACGUCGUCAUCUGACAGGGAGACUCACCCAGGUACUCCUUUGAUCAGGGUCUAGUGACCCGGCGCCGUCCUUUCUGGGGAGGGGGAAAAGUAGCCUUCCGGAGUCUUCUUCAGGUCCCCAAGCUCCACUACAAGCUUCCUCACUUCCUUCUAGUCCUGAAGUGUGACUCCUGAUUCUGCGGCUCUGGUCUUCUCGUCUUUGUGAGAGGCAAAAAACCUUGUCGUGGUGUCCCGACCAAGGUAAAAAACCCACCCUGGACACAAUAUCCAGGCCCCGUUUACUUCUUAGACCCGUAUUCCAAGAGGGUACGGGAGAAGGACGGGGUCGGAUGGCUCGCCAUUUUAAUUGUGUAAAAAGAUGAUGAAGAAACUCCUUUUAUUCAAGCAAAAAUCCACAAAAUCAGUUCUUCUAAUAUAGACAGUACUGAGAUUUCGUCAAUUGACAAAUAUUCUUGGCUUGAAGUUUCUAUACAAGAAAUGAGGUUCCAAAUAAACCAAGAGUCGUUAGAAGUUUUAUUGAGGACUCUAUCAAGCUUAAAAAAUACAUUUGGGACGCAGCUUGACUAUAAAAAGUUUUCAGAUAUUUCAAGCUUAAAGGAAACCUGCAAGUACCUUGACGUCACCAGUCCUAUUUUAUCAUUCAAUCUUUCACAGUCAUCAAAAAAAAUAUUUUUUGAAUUUUUCCAUCUUUGUGCUAUUAAAAUUUAUAUUCAAUUUAUAUGAUUUUUUCGGGAUUUUUUGUAUUUUUAUAUUAAAAUAUUAUUCAAAUUAUUAUUAAGCUAUAUAUAACUUUUAAAUCUGGGAUGAGAAAUAUUGAUUUUCAAGUAGACGCAAUGGAAGGAUUUGGCUUACUCAGGACUUUAGGACGAUAUGGCGCCGCUUUUCCUAACAUCAGUGAGUCUCCUUUAAGGUUCCGUGAGCUUAUCAUAAAAGAAAGUUUCCAAACAAUGACCAACCUUACAUGGCAAAUAAUUUCCAAUUAUAUCCGCCAAGGCUUAUUCCAGUUCUACAAAAUUCUUGGCUCAGUUGAUUUAUUAGGAAACCCUAUAGGUCUUAUUGACAAACUUGGUACGGGCGUUUUCGAAUUUUUAAAUGAGCCUGUAAAAGGUGCUUUAAAGGGCCCAAAAUCUUUUGCACUUGGCUUAGAAAAAGGAGUCCGGUCUUUAAUAGGAAAUGUAAUAGCAGGAGGCUUUGGAAGUGUCACAAAGUUAACUGGAGGACUAUAUGAGCUUGUAAAAGAAGUGAACCAAGACGAAGGAGCUGAGGCUUUAUAUCAGUCAGAUAGCGCUGCGCUAAAUGUAUACUCAGGCGUCAAAGGAGGAGUUGUAGAAAUCGCUCACUCCCCCCUUGAUUUGUGAAAAAAAAAUUUUGAAAAAUCCCUAUUUUUAGGGCAAAAACUCACCCUCUGUGAGCGAAUCAAGAUUUUGAUAUAUAAAUGAUAAUUAUAAUAUGAAAACUCCGAGCUAAUUCUGUUUAAUUUUUAACAGCUUGCAUUUUAAAAUAUAAUUUUACAAAUUAAAUUGAUAUUUGCUUUAAAGAUAUUUCGAUUUGGUAUUUUUUUUAAAUUUUGAUAAAAAAUUUACUAUAAUUUUUUUAGAAAAAUUAUCCCCUUUUGUGAGCGAACAAGAUUUUUUUGCUCGCACAGAGGGGAGUCAGGGAUUUACAGGAAUUUUCACAAAGCCAUGAAAAGGGGCCAGAAAAUCAGGGGUCACUGGAUUUUUCAAAGGAAUUGGUUCAGGGCUGCUAGGCGUGGCCACAGCUCCACUACUUGCAGCUCUUAGACUAGGAACUGGCAUAGCAGCUGGGAUUACAAGUGCAGGGACACUUUUAGCCAACGGCAAAGUUGACCCAAAAGGCCGAGUCCGUUUUCCACGUCAUUUUAACGCAAAAUAUGUCCUUGUUCCUUACAACCAUGAAAUUGCUGAAGCGCAAGAGUUGCUUCGAAAUUCUAAAGAAUUUAAGCGUGAAAAAAUAGUUUUUUAUCUCCAUUUGAAAGAAAAUGAAGAUUUUAUCAUCUUGCUCACCCUCAAUAAAUUCUUUUUACUUUUAAACGCAGAUUUAUCAAAAACUCUUCCAAUAAGAGAAAUCAGCACAAUGGAAAUUCACCGCUCUGACGACAAAUUUUUGUUUUUUGCUGGGAAUAGAGAAGAGACUAACCAAAUUAUAAUACAAUCAGCGACCUUCAGCUCACUCGCAAGACUUUAUGCAGCAGUUUUAUGCAUUCCAAGCUAUAAGAAAAGCAAGCCACAGCUUAAGAAAAUUAAAAUGCCUGGGAGAUAUGGCAGCAGUUGUUGCCGAUUUAGAUAG